AUGAUCCCAUCCAUUGCAUUGAGUAUUUUUCUCAGCAACUUCGUAAUAUUAACACUUGCCGAACUUCCAGCCGAUAGUGGACAGCAAAGGUUAACUGCGCAGUACGAUGAAAUACCUUCGAAAGAAGUCUCCGAAAUACUUUUCGGUGAAAAUCCGCAACAAAGAAAAGUACUGGAGUUGUUACUCCACGAUAUUCAACGAGGUAAUCAUUUAUUGCUAGUCGAGAAUCGUGGAUUGGAAAAUAAAAAAAUCGCAGACAGAUUAUUACAUCAUUUGAAUCGCCCUACGGAAUAUAUACAACUGCGCCGCAAUACAACGAUACAGUCCUUAACAGUACAACAAAAUAUCAAAAACGGAAUUAUCAUUUAUGAGGAUUCGCCACUGGUCAAAGCCGUUAAAUAUGGCUAUGUUUUAGUUGUAUCUGAAGCGGACAAAGCGUCAACAAUAGUUACAAGCAGUUUAAACACUUUAAUGGCAAAUAGAGAGAUGGCACUAAGUGAUGGUAGAAGAAUGAUUCCAAAGGAAGCUAUGUAUAGUUCUGGAAUCAAAUCAGCUGGUUUUCUUCCCGUGCACGAAAAUUUUAGAAUGAUAGUUCUGGCUAGCCGAACUGGAUUUCCAUACUUAGAAGAUUCCUCUGCUCGUUCAGAGUUCAGAUACGGUGAGAAUGGCAUCACAGUCAAAGCAGUUGGAUCAAGCCCAUUAGUCACCACUGCUGUGAUGGGUGGCUAUGGCACGGGACCACAUUCUGCUUCGGCAAUAGCCACGGGUUCAGCCGUCGCCACCGCAACAGCAAAAACCUUUGGUUGGGGUACCUCGACCGCUACGGCAAAUGCUGCUGGGUCAUCAGUUGCCACCGUUACAGCGCACUCAUACGACGCAGGUGUCGCCACGGGCACAAUAACCACUACUGGAUCAUCAGUAGCAUACGCAACAGCAUACGCACACGAUUCAGGAGUUGCCACUGUAAAUGUGAAUACUGCUGGCUCAGCAAAAGGGGACGCCUCAGCAGAUGCUUACAACCUAGGACGCUCCACUGCCGCAGUAACCUGUACUGGUUCAUCAGUUGCCGGCGGCACAGCAAGGUCACAAGACAGAGGAAUUGCCACAGCCAUAGCAAACACUGCCGGCUCGUCAGUCGUCAAGGCCCAGGCGAUCGCCAGGGGCAAUCAAGUUGUCACCGACACUCAAAAACGGCCCUAA